AUGGGUCCUGAGAAGAAACCCAUAGAUUGUAUCCUGAUCCAUUUGGCGUUUGUGAAUGCAAUCAUUAUUUGUACCAAAGGAAGCAUAGAUAUAAUCACAUUUUUUCACCUCAGAAAUUUCCUAGGUAACAUUAGUUGUAAAAUGGUGAUGUAUCUGGCUAGAGUGGCCCGCGGCCUCUCCAUCUGCACCACCUGUCUCCUCAGCGUGGUCCAGGCCAUCACCAUCAGCCCCCGGACCUCGCCCUGCAGAAAGUUCCAGCCCAGGUCUGCAUGGCAAGUGUUUCCCUGUCUCCUGCUCUUCUGGGUCUUCAGUGCCCUGGUCAGCUCUAACCUGCUCCUCUACAUCACCACAGUCCAGAGCUCCAACAGCUCUGAAAUCAGACAGAUCACUGGGUAUUGUGACAUGCUCCCCUCCGGGCAAAUAAUUAAGUGGCUUUUCCUCAUACUGAUGGCUGUGCGGGACAUCGUGUUUCAGGGGCUGAUGGGCUGGAGCAGCGUCUACAUGGUCUUCCGCCUGUGUCAGCACCGUAAGCGCGUCCUGCACCUGCACACGUCCAGGCUGCCAGGAAAUGCCAGCCCUGAGACGAGAGCUGCUCAGAGUAUCCUCAUGCUCAUGGCCUGCUUCCUUUUCUUCUAUUGGGCAGAUUUCCUUUUCUCCUUCUACAUUGGCACAUUCUGGUCAAAUAACUAUACAGUUUUAUUUAUUAAAAUAUAUCUGACUUCUGGUUACGCAAGUCUCAGCCCCUUUGUGCUGCUGAGCAGGGAUGUCCGCGUAGAGGCAGACCCGCCCACCGCGGGCCCGGCGGUGCCAGGGCCGCCCACGAGCCCCGCAGCUGGCCUGCUCGCGCGAAGACCGGCGGGAUUCAGCCGCGGACCCCGGGGCGCCCCCGCGCCGAAAGCGGAACCUAAGGCGGACACUUCCUUCCUAGGGGACCGGGAGCAGGGCGGACGCGGGGCGACGCCGAAGCCCGCGCCGUCUCCGGAGCUGCUUCCGGGGACCGAGGCGAAGCUCCGGCCGGCCCCUGCCUCCCCGCGGACGCUGCUCCUCUCGCCGCGGGAGAGACGCGCGGGGGGUUUUUGGGCGACCCUCGAAGAAAUCGACGAAAGACGCAAACACCACCACUUGCUCUUCACCUGCUGUCAGCGGCACGUGACAGCGGCCUCUCAGCCACCUCUGCACCCUAAUGAUUUCUACAUCUGCAAUGAGGUUUCACCCCGCGGAAAGGUGACGCUCAACCUAGGGCGGGCAAGGAUUCCCCCGGCACAGCAGGUGCGGAGACUCACGCUUCCCUCGCCCUGCUCCGCUCUCUGCGACAAGCGGUUGUCGGCAGCUCAGGACUGCGGGGUUCUACCGCCACCUAGCGGUAGCCAGGCUGUACCGCCACCUAGCAGGAGCCGGGUUGAAAGAGGACUUGGCCUCCCAUCACACAAGGUCACUACUAACCACCCUUUAACGCAUUUCACCAUCUCGCCAGCCACGUUUGGUGACAGGGCGCUUUCGCGGGGCUCCGGGGUCCACCAUUUCUUCCAGGGAGAUCCUUCUGGGUGUUUUUGUGAGCGUCGACCGCAUCCAUUUCUUGAGGAAAACGAACAGAAAGCGCGGAAACUGCAGGACACAGAACGGAGCUGUCGACACUGCCUCUCCGCGUCCUCCCUCCGUCCCCAAGCUUGGGCGGCGUCCGCGGAGCUCCCAGCGCCUCACCUGCUCCACCCGAAACGCCCCUGGCCGCGGAGCGCAGGCGCCCCCGGGGCCCCGCCCCGUCCCAGAGGCUGGGCUCCUAUUGGCUCAAAGGACCGGGGUGGAGCGCCGAGGUCGCGGGAGCGGGUGGUCACGUGA